AUGUCGUCAGCCGUCAAGAUCCCCAUCACUAUCAGCGGAAACAAUGUGGAGCUCACCCCUGCACUGAAACAGUACAUUAACGAGAAGCUCACAAACACUCUAUCGAAAGUUGGCAGACUUGUGACGCGAUGUGAUGCCCAUCUCACGGUCGAUAAGAACCCAUCCGUUGAGAACAAUGCCAACUUCGAGGUCGUUGUCUCGGUCAAGGGAACAGUCAUGAGAGCGUCGAAGUCCACGCACGACAUGUAUGCGAGCAUUGAUGCUGUUGCGGACUCAGUGAAGAGGAAGCUGCGCAAGUACAAGGAGAGGAUUAUUGAUGCUCACCGCCAAGGCAAACCUGAGGCGAUGGGAUUCGACGAGGAGGAGAUCCAGGGCUUCAAAGAUUUCACUCAAGAAGUCGCCAAGAUGGAAAACAGUCUCCCAGUGCCUCCUGCAGACAUGUCCUUGAUGAAGAAGAAGACUUUUCCCAUGGAACCGAUCUCCGUUGAAGAUGCUGUCUUGUGCCUCGAUUACAUCGAGCAUGAUUUUUAUGUCUUCAAGAACAAGGAGAAUGGCAAGAUUGCUGUUGUCUACAAGCGCAAUCAUGGUGGUGUCGGUCUAAUUGAGCCACAAUAA